GAAGUUGGUCGCUCUUGCGUAACGGAAGAGAAGGAACGUUCAGGAGAAGAGUCUGAAGCAAGGGAGGAAGGCGGGGACUCUGAGGAGAGCGGACGAGAAACGUUUGCUAAGAGAAUGAUUGGUGACUUGUUUUUGUCCUGAACUUCCAGAACUUGAAGCCUUUGACACUGGCCAUCCAACAAGCGAUAUGGAGCACCAAGACAAUAAUGAUAUGGAUCUCGACGAGCUUCUUGCAAAGGCAACCGAAGUUCUCAAACAGCAACAAGCAGCCAUGAUUUCAUUGAAAUCCAUAACAGAAGAAAAGCCUUCCCCCCUCGAAACCGUGAAACUCGAUCCUGGAGUCAAAUCUGAGGAGCUAUACAUAGAAGAUACCAACAAGUACGGCGCCGUGCGACUCCAAGCUGAUCGAACUGUUAUAUUGAAGGAAGAGGCGAGUGGUUCCAAACUCUCAGAGAAAAGGAAGGUUCAGAUUGGACCAGAAGCGAUAAACGUACAAUCUGCGCCGGAGACGUUACCACCUGCAUUAGAUUGGGAUAAGAAAAAGAAGAAAAUUAUGGAGAAGGAAACGGCGGGACCAAAAUGGUUUGAUAUGCCUGCACCCGACAUGACAGAGGAAAUCAAGCGCGACCUUCACAUUCUCAAAUCCCGUGCGGUUAUCGACCCCAAACGGCACUACAAGAAGGGCACAAUGAAAGCCUUGCCAAAGUUCUUUCAGAUUGGAACGAUCGUUCAAGGACCCACAGAGUUCUUCUCUAGCCGCCUCACCCGUAAAGAGCGCCGGGAUAACAUUGUCGACGAGUUAUUGGCUGAUAAUCAAGCAAAGUCAUAUUACAAGAGGAAGUUCUUGGAAAUCCAGGAACAAAAGAAUAAUUUCACUCGGAAGGGCUUCAAGAGAAGAAAGGAUAGAAAGUAGGAGGGUUUCGUCAUGUAUAUAUAAUGCAGUUGAAGCUGCCAUGUAUUUUAUAGAUAACAUUACAAUAGUCGCAUCAAUUUCAUGAACCGACAAUACAAUACAAUCACGCAGCUCAG